AUGUCAAACUACUGCUAUUCGGACAAAGCUGUCACCGCGCAAAAGACAUCGGUUUCAACACCAGUGACCCCGUACGAUGCUCUCAGUCGCUACCUCAAGUUUCCCAACAGAGACUCAGACGGGUGGUGGCGACGUGUCGCUCCGUUCUUGAACAAGUUGCUGGAGCGAGCUGGCUACGACACACACCAGCAGUAUCAGUACUUGAUAUUGCUUGGAUUGCACAUCAUUCCUUUCCUUGACGGGGUUCCCGACCCGCAGCGUCCUAUGGACUAUGCGUCGGUGGUCGGAGGUAUCGGUCCGCUGGAAUUCUCACAAAAUUUCACCAAAGACGGAAGCAAGAUGCGGAUCGGCUUAGAGCCCAUGAACCACAAACACCGCAAUGGUACAGACCCAUACAACCGGUCUGCGAUGGGUGAAGCCCUCAUGGGCCUCAAGUCACUGGGCAUCUCUGUCGACCUCCAGCUCUACCACCAGUUGGUGCCGCUGCUGACCUUGACCGACGCCGAGGAGCUUGAGAUGCCCAACGCAACGUACUUUGUGAAGCCCGCCUCCAACACGCAGUAUGCCCUAGCGCUGGACUUAGACAAAGGCGACGUCACAGUGAAGCAGUAUCUCAUACCGAGCCAGAAGGCCGCCGUCACAGGCCUGCCCCCCUCGGAACUGAUCUUCAGCGCCAUCCGCACGGUCGACGUCAACGAGGUCUUCACCGACAGCAUUGCAAUGCUGGAGGACUUUUUGAGUGCCACCUACGACCCGCCAGUUGCGGUGUUCGUUAGCUGUGACCUCGCCCCGCUCCAUUCCACCCGCUUCAAGGUCUACGUCGCGGAACUGAGCCAGUCACUCGAAACCAUCGCGCGCGACUGGACCCUCGGCGGCCGCCUCAACGACUCCGAAACUCUCAAGGGCCUUGCGUACGCACAGGAACUCUAUACGCUUUUUGGCAUUCCGGACGGCACGCGCGAUAUUAUCAGCCACCCCGUUAUCCCUGGGGAUCCCCAGUCGUUCAGUCACGUCAUGUUCAACUAUGAGUUGCAGCAGGGUGACCCUCGUCCCAAGCCCAAGAUUUAUUACGCACUGAACGCGUUGAACGAUAUGGAGAAAGCGAAAGCCUUGGAAGGCUUUUUCAAGCGGGUUGGGUGGGAGAAGCAUGCCGCUGAACUGAUUGACAAUUUGCAAUCGUAUAUUCCCGGCGUCGAUAUCAACGAGACGACCGAACUGAUUGGCUGGCUAUCGUUUGCGUAUAGCGAGAAGAAAGGUCCAUACUUGACAAUUUACUAUCGUUAG